UCAGUCAUGUGAUCAGCUGUGUCCAAUCACAGCUGAUCACAUGGCACUGAUGAUCAGUGUGCCCUGAUGAUCAGUGUGGUCCCAGAAGUGCCACGUGCCAGUGCUCAUCAGUGCCAAGUGCCAGUGCCCAUCAGUGCCACAUCAAUGCCACAUAUCAGUGCCCAUCUGAGCUGCCUUUCAAUGUCAGCCAUCAGUGCCAGUCAGUGCCACCUAUCAAUGCCAAUCAGUGCCACCUAUCAGUGCUGCCAAUCAGUGCCACCUAUCAGUGCAAGUCAGUGUCACCUAUCAGUGCCGCCUAACAGUGCCAGUCAGUGCCACCUAUCAGUGCCAGUCAGUGUC